CAAGGAGAUCCAUGCUUAGCACCAGUGUCUACGGAGUAUCCUCCGUCCAAAGUCCCAAAACCGACUAUUGAACUCCCUAAAUAGCCGCUGCUGACUAGUUAUAUGGGACGGGUUAACUCCUCCAUUUCCAGGAUAGACGUCCCCUUUCAGCAAAGAGGAAGAUACCAAAUAACAAGCGACCGUUCUGAGCCAGACCCAUUUCCCCGCGCACACACAGGAAUUCUGUGCUGCAACCUGUACAUGAUAAUCCAGUUCACCCAAGAAGCUCUUCAAAAACCCCCUUCAAUAUUUGACUACAUGAAUAUUUCAAGCUCCUCCUCUGCGUCCAAGAAAACAAAUACCAACCCAGCUGUUUGGAUCCCGAAUUUAAUUGCGCAACACACCAACGGGCCAUUGUGUCGCUUUGAAAACAAUACCAAACUGCGCACGACUUGGCCAAUGCCCAGCGAAGAACUGAGCACAGAACCAUCCGGUUCUUCGAUGUUGCGGCCCAAUUGUCACACACAGUAUGAGCCACGCAUCGUUGCAGGAUAGCAUACGGCAGAAGGGUAUACAUGCUAUUCCUACAUCGACAAAUAUCAAAACCUGGGUCUAUUUCAUCCUGUGAUUGAAUUCCCGGCAUGCGACCAGAGACAGUUGUAAGGAGGAGAAGAUAACUUCAUUGGUGGCGAAGGUGGAUGAUUUACUAGCAAAAGAAUGACUUCACCAAGCCUCGCUCGUAAGGCUCUAGGCAGAAGGAAUAUUAAGCUGAGUUGGAUCAUCAGGCUCGUCGCGAUAUUCCGGGAAGGCUGGGCUUAAAACAUGAGUGCCAACACGGCUGGCUUAUGAGCCGCUCCUCAGAAACAGGGCCUAAACGUCAAAAACGGUCUCUGCAACCUCUUCCAACACUUCGUCCCACUCUUUAUCGGACCUUCGGGUAUACUCAAUUGUUGCCAGACCCGUAACAAUAACCAUAUCCAAAUUUGCGAUCACAUUGGCGUCCUGAACCAGCAAUAUAAACUGAUCCAUCUGACGCGAAAGUAGGGAGGACCGCUUCUCAUAUCGAGCGAUCACGCGUUUGUGCUGAUCUACUAGCUUCUGGCUGCUCGUGAAGAUACUAUCGCCUCCUUUCCAUUGCAUCCUUCCCAGCGGUGAGUCAAAUUUGCGUCCACCAGCAAGCAGAUCAGAGCGCUUCAUUGUCAUUUCCAUUGGCUGGGGACCGGAGUAUAAGGAAAUGCCAAUCUUGGAGGAAAGACCGUGGAACGAAACAGUACUAACAACUGUGCCGCUGUUGGAUCCGCCGAAAGGGACUUGAACUGGCGGAUGUGCGCAGGGUGGAGAUGGAGAUGGGUAGUGACAUGCUGGAGCAGCCAUCUGUUGGUACGGACAACGGUGUCGAAUAAGUGUCAUAUGUGGCUUCGCUUUUUGUGACGUUUCUACCGUAUAAAGACGUGUGGUUGAGUCGGAGUCGAGAAUGGUAUAUACCACACCCGAUGCCGGCUGCGAUUUCGUUAUAUAGAAGACUCGCCCUGGAUCCAUGGUGGAUAAGCAAAGAGAAAAACUAGGGAAACUAGAGAGAAAUUUGGAGCAGCGUAUUCAGCAAUGAGACCGAUAAUUCAAGGGAGAUAUUUGAUCUCGCUGCAAGUCCAUCGUGGCCAGAAAGGAGUCAUUUCAGGGCGAAGCGGCCCUGUUAUGAAGGUUGGCAUCUUCUGGCCUUGUACACGGGGUCCUCCAUG